CCAAAGAAGAAAAUCGUCAACCCGUUCGACCCAGAAGCGAGUGUUCCGCUACCGUAUCAACUUGAGGAACAGCCAUAUAGUACUUCGGUAUGGAAACGGAAUGAACGUGAACGUUAUCGGGUUCGAUGUGUGAACAACGGCUACGAGACGCUGCGAAAACAUUUGCCAGUAUCGGACGUAGAAAAACGGAUUUCCAAGGUUGACACCUUACGACUGGCUAUUCGAUAUAUCAAACAUCUGGAAGCGGUACUAAAAAACGAGGAGCAUAUUUUCAAGUAA